UUCCUAUUAACUAGGAAAUCGCCUCCUUAUUUGUCCCCCUCUUCUCCAAAAAAAAGUCCAAAACUUUGCGGCAAUGGCGGCCAUGAUCCGCCUGUUCAGAUCUUCAUCUUCAUCCAUUGCCCUUAGGUCUUUUUCCACAGCAGCUGUAUCUGAGACUUUGAAGUCCCAAUCUUACCCUCACAAUCCCCUCCCUACUAAUAUUGAACCCAAGGGUAAAACUGUUCAAUGGGUUUUCUUAGGCUGUCCAGGUGUCGGAAAAGGUACUUAUGCUAGUCGCCUUUCUACCCUUCUUGGCGUUCCUCAUAUUGCCACUGGUGAUCUUGUCCGUGAAGAGUUGAAUUCUUCUGGCGCUUUAUCCAAACAACUUGCAGAGAUUGUCAACCAAGGAAAAUUGGUUUCAGAUGAGAUAAUACUGAAUUUACUAUCUAAGAGGCUCGAGUCUGGGGAAGCUAAGGGUGAAGCUGGAUUUAUACUUGAUGGAUUUCCUAGAACUGUGAGACAAGCGGAAAUAUUGACUGAGGUGACAGACAUAGAUUUGGUGGUUAAUCUCAAGCUCCCAGAAAAGGUAUUGGUUGAGAAAUGCCUUGGCCGAAGGAUUUGUAAUGAAUGUGGAAAGAAUUUCAACGUAGCAUCUAUAGAUGUCGCGGGUGAAAAUGGGGCUCCUAGAAUCAGCAUGGCUCCACUUAAUCCUCCUUCUCAGUGUAUAUCAAAGUUAAUCACUCGAGCAGAUGAUACAGAAGAUAUCGUUAAGGAAAGACUUCGUAUAUACUAUGAUAAGAGUCAGCCCGUUGAGGACUUCUACCGAAACCAAGGAAAGUUACUGGAAUUUGAUUUGCCUGGAGGCAUCCCAGAAUCAUGGCCCAAGUUGUUGGAAGUACUCAACCUUGAUGAGCAGGAAUAUAAAUUGUCUGCUGCAGCUUAGUUUCUAUUAGCUGCUUCGCAUGUAUGAUGCGUGCUUAAAACAAUUUUGCAGAAAAAAACAUAUUCAUUGUUUUCCCUUUCUAUUUUUCUUUUUCCUCUUAAUUUAAGUCAAAUAACAAAUCUCUUGAGUGUACUUUGAAGCCGUUAAAAACGGUGGCUGCCUUUGAUGAAUUUCAAAUUUGUUCAGUGAAGAGGUCUGUUGUACUAUAGUUGCAGCAACUGUUAACAAGGAGAUUAUUUUUUAUAUCCUGUAAUAGGGUUAUAGUAAUGACACCGUUUAUUAUAAAUUUUGACAUAUAAUCUGAUAUAAGCAACUGAUAUGGUUUUA